GUCACAUUCCACUUUCUGACUUAUACCGGUUAACAUUAAAAUAAAGUUUAUUUAACACAAAUAAUUUUACUAUAUUUUUAAUAAAAUAAUUUUGAAAAAUGGCUCUAGCUGCUGUUGCUGUUGUAAAGGGUGAUGUUGUAAAAGGUGUUAUUCAUUUUAAUCAAUCCAAACCCGAAGACCCUAUAACUAUUACCGGUCAAGUUGAAGGUUUAACCGAAGGUCUCCAUGGAUUCCAUGUACAUGAAUUUGGUGACACAACCAAUGGAUGUAUUUCAGCUGGACCACAUUUUAAUCCACAUAAAAAAGAUCAUGGUGGUCCCAGUGAUGCGGUUCGACAUGCUGGAGAUCUUGGUAACAUUGUAGCUGAUGGAAGUGGUGUUGGUAAAGUAAACAUUACAGACAAACAGAUUUCUCUAUUUCCUGGACCAUUAAAUAUUAUUGGACGUACAUUAGUCGUACAUGCUGAUCCAGAUGAUCUUGGCAAGGGUGGUCAUGAAUUAAGUUUAACAACAGGAAAUGCUGGUGCACGAGUUGCAUGCGGUGUAAUUGGUGUUGCUGCUCCUAAAUGAAUUUCAUUGGCUCGACUUUGAUAAAUUCAUUUGUUUUUUUGUAAACAGAAUAUAUUUUUAGAAAUAUAUCAUCCAUAAAUUGUUAUGUUAUUCCAAAGUAAUUACAACCCAGUACUGUAAUUUUUAUUUUUAAAAUAAAUCAUUAUUUUUGGUUCGUGGUAAUCAAGUA